CUACCAAGUUACAAGUUACAAGUUCCGCACACAAGUGUGGGUGUGUCCGUAAAAGCCGGGGGGGCCAUGGACGUUGUAUCGGUAUUGAUGCGGGUACACGGGAGGUCAUCUUCAUUCUCCCUCGUCCGCUUCAGGGUGAAGCGCCUCAGCGCGACGUGCCUGGCCUCCCAAAUUUCCGAGAGGUACCUGGCCAAUGCCAGGGGUGGCGUCUCAGUCAUAGUGGUGCGCAUGCUGCGCCCCAUAAGGACUAGGUCACCAGCAUACUUAGCUUGUAUGCUCUUGUAAGCGGGACAUUCUUCGAAAACAUGCAACUCAUCUUCAACCGCUCCACAGUCACAAAGCCUGCAGGACGGAUCCCCCCCUCCACAGGUCCCUGCCUCUCUCCCGCCCAACUCCCCCACGCUCAAAAAUGUAUCCGAGCCGUAACAUCACCAGCAGCAACUGCCGCUGCAACGUUGAGGCGCCGUCGCUGCAUCAAUUCCACCAAGCAGUUAGGGCAGAGGCCCGGACUGCCCUUGUGGGUGGCCGUACAGGCGGCUGCAGCGGGUUCCGUACACCAGACUCUACAUCCAGAAUCUAGAUCCAGAUCCUGGCAGGAGAUUCCAUCGCGAUCCAACGCUACCAGUACCCAGCAAGGCUCCAAGGAUAAGAAUCCUCUAGAACUCUCUAGAAUCCUAGCCGCCCGAAGCAGAAACGGCAAGGCGCCCCUUCAGGCCCCCCCCUCCACGGCCCUUGCCUGA